UAUUAUUAAAUGAGAUUAAGUUUCUGGAUCUGUUAAGUUGAUCGGAUUUGAUCUGCUCUGCAGGAUCCCGGGUGAGAUCUGAUCACUGCUGCGCUCCUCUGAUCAGAUCCGAUCCCAGCAGGUGCUGAAACAUGGACCCGAUGGAUUCGGGAAGCGGAGCGGAGGUCCCGGCGGCUCUGGGUGAGGAUCAUACCGAGCGGAAGUGCUCCUCUCCCGGUAAGAGACACGCAGUGAAGCGGCACCUCCACAAACACAACCUGAAGCACCGCUACGACUUCCUGCAGACUCUCGGUAAGGGCACGUACGGAAAAGUCAAGAAAGCGGUGGAUCCAAGCGGCAAACCGGUGGCCAUCAAGUCCAUAAAGAAGGAAAAUAUAAAAGAUGAGCAGGACCUGAUCCACAUCAGGAGAGAGAUCGAGAUCAUGUCGUCCCUCAAUCACCCCUACAUCAUCACCAUAUACGAAGUGUUCGAGAAUAAGGACAAGAUCGUGAUCGUGAUGGAGUACGCCAGCAAGGGAGAUUUAUUUGACUACAUCAGUGAGAGACAGAUCAGCGAGAGAGAAGCGCGACACGUCUUCAGACAGAUCGUCUCUGCUGUACACUACUGCCAUCAGAACGGCAUCGUGCACAGAGACCUGAAGCUGGAGAACAUCCUGCUGGAUGCCAACGGAGACGUCAAGAUCGCAGAUUUCGGGCUCUCUAACCUGUACCGGAGGGACGAGUACCUGCGGACGUUCUGCGGGAGCCCCCUGUACGCCUCUCCGGAGAUCGUGAACGGGAGGCCGUACCGAGGGCCGGAGGUGGACAGCUGGUCUCUGGGGGUUCUCCUGUACGCGCUGGUGCACGGCGCCAUGCCCUUCGACGGCCACAACUACAAGAGCCUGGUGCGGCAGAUCAGCACGGGCGACUACCGCAAACCCGCCAAAGGAUCGGACGCGUCCGGUUUGAUCCGCUGGAUGCUGAUGGUGAACCCCGAGCGCAGAGCCACUCUGGAGGAAAUCGCCUGUCACUGGUGGCUAAACUGGGGUUACCAGCGCCCCCUCCUGCCCGAAAAUGAGAAAACUGAGGUGACCACGGAACCCGCGACCUCCCACCCGGCGCAGACGCAAACGAGCGGCGCCACACGCAUCGCAGACUGGCUUCGACGAACCUCCCGCCCCCUGCUGCACAGCGGCUCCAAAAUGCGCUGCCUUCUGCGUACAGGAGGGGGCGCCGCCGGAGACGCCACGGUCACCCGCCAGCGCUCCAUCCGCAGGUCGCGCAAAGAGAACAACAUGAGCCAGAGCACGCAGGAGAACACCGCGCCCAGGCCCUUCAAAGGGAUCCUGAAGAAACGCGGGAGUCUGAAGCAGAAGCUGAGCGCCGAAGCGCAGGCUCCGCCCCUGGAGGAGAAAACCACCAACCCCUCGGUGGCGCCAGCUGCAGUCCUGCCUCCGGUUCCAGCGCCACGUAAGGGAAUCCUCAAGAAGCCGGUGGAGAGGGAGCGGGAGUCCGGUUACUACUCAUCAUCCACCGACAGCAGCGACUCCGCCCCGACGCCGCAGCCUGAACCGCGCGCCCUGACGCCGCCCCGGCGGAAAGGAAUCCUCAAGCGGAACGGGAAGUUCUCCUCCGGCGGUCUGCAGGAAUUCGGAUCUCUGGACCAGCUGGCGGCGUCCCUACCGUCCGGCGGCACCAGAUUACGGCCCGGCGGCGCCAUCAGCGAGGACAGCAUCCUCUCCUCAGAAUCCUUCGACCGGCUGGAUCUACCUGAUCGCCACCAGCCAGCCGGAAAGGUGGAGGAGCCAGCAGGGGGCGGGGUGGCGAUGCGCGUCUGCGUCUCGGCCGAUAACCUCCUGGACAUGGAGAGCAGGGAGAGUCUCUGGGACGCCGACACAGCGAGAGGAAGCAUGUUCUCCAUCACGGAAUGUGGAAGCUGACGUGACGUCGAGAUGUGACGUGUUUUUGUCGUGUCGUGUUCCGGUUCAGCGCUCUAGAUCCAGAUCCAGACUGAGGUUCUGCACUAGUGGAGAACCUAGUGGAGGUCUAGUGGAGCACUGAGGACUUGCUGGUGUCUGGUGGUGCUUUCAGGGUUCAGAGGAACAAAGAACUUAAAGACUCUGUUUAUUGAUGCGUUUUUCUAGUGUGGUGCCAAAAAUAGUUUAGGAAAGAGGGAAAAGGGAUUGUUAUAGUUCUAAACGUUGAAGAGUGAACGUCCUGACGUGCCAAGCAGCCGUUCUUAGAGAGGUUCUUCUCCUCUGAGCGGCUUUUAUCAUUUCUGGACUUUUUAGGUUAAAACUUUGAUAUUCUGCACUUUAUUUUGUGAGAUAAAUAGAAUUAAAAAAAGGAACCAAAGCCGUGUACGGAACAAUGAGCAGCAGCAGGUAAAGACCCGAGAGCAUCAGCAGGUUGAGACGAGGUGAGUUUGGUUGGUUAAUGAUUCAUCUCUCUAACAGACUCUUAUCAGUCUGACCUGCCGCUGGAACUUCAGACGUGAUCGUUUGACUUAUUUAUUGCUGUAUGAAUUUACUGUUUCCAGACGAACACGGUGGAGAUCUGAGCGGCCGCAGGAACGUCUGAACCUCGUUUAAAGGAAGCGCAGGUUUGAAUCUUUCUGCUGAUCAAACCUGCACCAGUUCAGAUUCACCUGAUAAACCAAACGUACCUUUCAGCUGUUUUAGUGCUGAAGAACCAGCGAAAUAAAUCAGUUUCUAUAGGAGCAGUGGCUCAGUGGUUGAGGUGCAGGACUAGUGAUCAGAAGGUCGCUGGUUCAAGCCCUGAUGCUGCCAAUUUGGCACCUUUGCACUCCAUUCAGUCACAUUUAUAAGUCGUUUUGGAUAACAGGGUAAUAAAUACUGACGUGCCUUUUAUUUCUUUUCUGCUGUGAACGUUUACUGCACAACGUUUGGUUUAUUUCAGCUCAAACUGGAACAUGAAUGAACUCUGACUGUGACGUUUGGUUCUAAUUUUACUGUGAUUAUAAGCAGAAUAAACACCAGUACAGCUCUGA